CCAACUGUCAUCCUCCUCCUGGAUCAAAACAACCACAAUCACACCCACGCAACUCCAUUCCCAAAUGUUUGUAAUCGCAACAAACUAACAAUAAUGGCGUUAACAACAACAACAACGAUCUCUUCAUCUUCUCAGUUAUUUCAGUUACCACUCAUUCAUCCACCAUCUCACCUUCACUUUACCGGAUGCACUUUGAUCCAAUCCAAAUGUCAACUGAUCUCUCUGCGAAACACCAACGAUAUUUUGUUUCCGAAAAUCUCGGCGAGUGGUAGGUUUAGGGCAUGGUGUACGAGAUCAACGGAGGAGACGUUAACAAGUGAUAACGAUGAGGUCUACCGUGAGGACACGGAGACGGACACUCGCCGGAGUUCUGAUGAUGAUGAGGAUAAGGCGGAGGACGGUGGUUCUCGGAGGAAUAUCACGUAUUGGUCCGAUUCUCUUAACAUAGGGAUUCGUGAACCGGUUUAUGAGGUUGUAGAAGUGAGCUCAAGUGGGAUGGUGUCAACCAGAAAGAUUAGUAGACGACAUUUGCUGAAGUCAAGUGGUCUUCGUCCUCGAGACAUUCGGAGUGUGGAUCCUUCACUGUGGUUGACCAACACAAUGCCCUCAUUGCUGGUUCGUGAGAAUGCAAUACUACUGAAUUUAGGCUCACUACGCGCGAUUGCAAUGCUAGAAAGUGUGUUUAUUUUUAAUUACAACCGGAGAGCAGGGAAAGCUUUUAUCGACGCAUUAUUACCUCGAUUGAACCCUAAGAACAUGCAUGGAGGUCCUGUAAUGCCUUUCGAACUUGAGGUUGUUGAAGCUGCCCUUCAAUCACGAGUACAGCGAUUUGAGGAUAAACUAAUGGAUUUAGAACCACGUGUUCAAGCUUUACUUGAGGUUUUGCCAAACAGAUUGACAGCUGGCAUAUUGGAACAACUCCGUAUUAGCAAGCAAACAUUGGUUGAGUUAGGAUCAAAAGCAGGAGCGCUAAAACAAAUGUUGCUUGAUAUACUCGAGGACUCUCAUGAAAUUCGCCGUCUCUGUAUUGUGGGUAGAAACUGUAUCUUGAGUAGAAACGAUGAUCUAGAAUGUUCCGUACCACAAGAGAAGCAGAUUGCUGAGGAAGAAGAGGAAGAAAUUGAAAUGCUACUGGAAAAUUAUCUUCAAAGAUGUGAAUCAUGUCAUAAUCAAGCAGAAAGACUUCUCGAGUCAGCGAGGGAAAUGGAAGACUCGAUAUCUGUUAAUUUAAGUUCUCGGCGGCUUGAGGUGAGCCGAUUCGAAUUACUUCUUCAGGUUGGAACCUUUUGCGUUGCAGUUGGUGCUCUAGUUGCUGGUAUAUUUGGCAUGAAUCUAAAAUCGUAUCUGGAAGAACAUGUGUUUGCAUUUUGGCUGACAACUGGAGGAAUUAUUUUCGGUGCGGUGGUGGCAUUUUUUCUCAUGUAUUCGUACCUCAGAGCAAGGAAAAUUCUUUAGACAUCCACUUGACAGCAUUAUACUGAUAAUAGAUGGACGUUAAAGGAAGGAACACGAACCCUACUGCUUGAGACCGACCAAACAGAUACUUUUCAGCAUAGAUAUCAGAUCAAGUACAGAGUGAGGUCAAACAUACAGGAUUUUAGCAAGAUAACAGAGCUCUCUAGACGAGGCAUUGUGGAUGUUUUGAUCGACUCGACAUAUUGUAAGAUCAUAUGCCAUUUGUGGAUUAUAUGUUGUUGAUGGAAGUCUAAAAGUAGUGUGGUCCAAUUCUAUAGAUUUUACUAGGUAUUCAAAUCAAGGUUUAAGGUUUAAGUCUAUAUCAUGGACAAACUAUUGAGUUAACGUUUAGCCUAACAUCUUGA